CUCUCUGAAGUCCUCUGGUGUCUUGGAGUUUCCAAAAUAAAGUUUUAGGUAAACAAAUUAAAAUGAAAAAUCAUGGGAGUACACUGGAUGACUUUUCACUUGAAAUUGCGAGCACCACAGAUCGUACCUGUUUAAAGGAAAGUUUCAAUGAGCUCCAGAAAAAGUAUGAAACGAGCAGAUUUUGUGAAAAAUGUCUGCAUGAUGUGAACACACCACUUUUGAACUUACUGCAUGAAGCAGAAAUAACAGCCACAUCAACAGAGGAGCAGCUGGCAACUUUUAGACAUACGGUUACAGACUUGUUAGAUGAUAAUGAACUUUCUCCUUCAUACAUCUCAAGGAUUUCCAGGGAGAGGGAACUUCUGUUGAGAGAACUAGAAAAUUUUAAAUCUAUAAACAGAAGUCUGAGAUUCAGACUUAGGGAACUGCAAAACAAAGAAAUUAGGCUUGAAGGAAGCAAUAAGAACCAUGAGGGAAUACUGCAGAGAUUGACAGAUUGUGACAUUAGAAAUAAUCAGUUACAGAAGAAAAUCUUUGAAAAAGAGAAGCGCAUUCAAGAACUGUCAGAUCUUUAUCAAAAAGAGAAGAGUCAUUCUUAUAAAGCGGUGCAAUUAACAAAAGCUAUAGAGGCCACGAAAGAACGUCUACAUGGUCAACUCCAAAGUAAAGAAGAAGAAAAUACUGGGCUAGUGCUGCAAGUGCAGAAUCUUGAAAGAAAAAUACAGGACCAUAAGUUGGAAACUGAGUGCUUGAAACAUCAGAUACAUGCUUCAAAAGUAAAGGCUGAACAGGACAAAGCAGCUCUCAAAAAGGCCACAAGAGCUCAGAAGCAAAGAGCAGAGCGUUUUGGAAUGGCUGCUGAAAAGCUUCAGUUGCAAAUUAAAGAUAAGGAGGCCAAAAUCACAGAGACGCUUUACGAAGCUGAGACUUCUAAGAAACAUCACAGUGAAGUUGCAGAUGAAACCUCCAGUUUGAAAACCUUGAUUAUGACUUUGAAAACUCAGGUAACAAGUCUGAUAGGGGAGCUGCAGAAGACUAAAAAUGAUGCAGUAACUUCACGUGAAGAGCUUCUUCAGAAAAUACAUAACAUUAACUCUGAAAAUGGUUUUCUUCUUAUUGAGAAUGAACGACUGAAGGCUUCAUUAACUGGAUUGGAAGAUCGCACAGCAUCCUGUGAAGUAGAAAUAAAAGAGCUAACACUGCAGGAGAAGCAACAAAAAGAACUUGCUGGAGAAUAUAAAACACAGGUGCAGGAUCUGCUAAGGAAGACUGAGAGAACGAAAGACACAAUUGAAAAGCUUUUGAAGGAAAACACUUUAGCAAGUGAAGGAAGGGAGUUGGAAAUUGAAAAGGUGAAAAGUCAGAUGGAGGCUCGACUGAAGGAGCUGGAAAGGUUUCCUGACCGAGUGAAGGCAGCUGAACAUAGGUUGCAGGAAUGCCAACAGAACCUUCUACAUUGCAAGGAGCGAUGCACAGACCAAUCCAAGACCAUAAGUCAGCUUCAGGCUAAGGACAGUAAUGAACACUCAUUGUUAGAGAUGUCUUUAAUAUCACGAGUAGCCUUGGAAGAGGAAAAUUCUCAUCUGCAGACAAAAUAUGAAGCCCUUAACAGGAAAAUGGAUGAAAUCAAUGUACAAAAUCAACAGCUUGUCGAACAACUGUCAGAGCAAGAGAAAAUUCUUCAUGACAGUGAAGCCCGGCUUCAAGAAAAAUCAAAAGAUGUUUUAGCACUCACAAGGCAACUGGAAGCUGCCCUAGAUGACAUCAGAAAAAAGGUUACUGAUAUGAAAGAGAAAACUUCAUCCGAUGAACAUGUACUUCAGAGAAAAAUAUCGAAACUAGAAACUGAACUAAGACAGAAAGAAAAAGAACUGAAACAACUUUGCCAGAAAAAAAAGAAUGUGACAAAACACAAUGAGCAACUUUUGAAAGACCUGCAGCUUAGCCUUGAACAAUCUGAAAGUCAGACUCAGAGCAUUCAGAAUUAUAUACAUUUUCUGAAAACAUCUUAUGCAACCAUGUUUGGUGAAAGUAUCUAAAGGAAACAUUCCUUAUUUUACAAAAUAAAAAAAUGCAUUAUUUAUUAAAGGU